AUUCUCCCCUCCCCAAUAGCACGGGAGCCAAGACAGGCGGCUCCCUCUUUAAUUCCCACGCGGGCGUCAAAGCAGGUUGUGCGCGCUGUUGGGACUUUGUUCUUCUUCUUCCUCUUCACUUUUUUUAUCGACACGGUCUCGACCUCGACAUCGAGCCGGUUUCCCUGCUUCUUUCUACUCUAUCUUGGCUGCGUUGGUUGAUUCGGGACCACUUACUUCCUCCCGUUUCGUCCACUCCGUCCGAUCCGGUCCGACACCGCCAACCGUCAUAGCAUGCCGCAUUGCGAGGUCGCGUGUCAUCAACUUGCUCUUGCUCUUGCUCUUGCUCUUGCUCUUCACCAUAGUAUGCGCCGGCCAUGAUUGCUCAAUGCCAGGGACGACUGAGUCGUCGUUACAUCGCUCUCGUCAUCUUCGUCGGCGUCGGCUACUUCCUGUAUCACAGCUUCCAUCCCCAGGACUUCAUCCGAGCCACCAAGGUCGGCGCUGUCAAGUACCUCCCCAGCAGCUAUGACUGGAGCAAGAAUCCCGUCAAGUACCCCGUUGAGGACAUGAAAAGCCCGCCCGCGGCCCAGCCCAAGAAGCUCCCCGCCGUCCAGCGUGAUUGGAAAGAGUCCAGCGAGACCCAUGUCUCGCUGGCCCGCAAGACGGCCGUCAAAAAGGCCUUCGUCAAGAGUUGGGAUGCCUACAAGAAGUAUGCCUGGCCCCAGGACGAGCUCAAGCCCCUCUCCCGCAAGGGCAGGCAGACCUUCUCUGGCUGGUCCGCUCAGAUAGUUGAUGCGCUCGACACCCUCUGGCUCCUCGACAUGAAGGAGGAUUUCCACCUGGCCGUUCAGCAGAUAGCCCUGAUCGACUGGGCCAGGACCAGUGACGAAUUUCUUAACUUGUUUGAGGUGACGAUCCGUCACCUCGGUGGGCUGCUGGCAGCCUACGACCUCUCAGGGGAACAUGUCCUGCUCUCCAAGGCCGUGGAGCUGGGCGACAUGCUGUAUGCCACCUUCGACACCCCGAACCGACUACCCUCACACUGGCUUUACUUCAACAAGGCCAAAAAAGGCGAGCAAACGGCCGAUGACAGCAUGUCCGGAGCUGCCGGCUGCUCCAUGGGUCUAGAGUUUACCCGUCUAUCACAGAUCACAGGCGAUCCCAAGUACUACGACGCCACUGAGAGAGUCAAGCAAUUCAUCUACCGCAACCAGAAUAGCACCAAGCUUCCCGGGCUGUGGCCGCACACCAUGAACUACCAAACAGAAACUGUCAAGAACACCAUGUUCACCCUAGGAGCAGGUGCUGACUCCAUGUACGAGUAUCUACCCAAGAUGCAUGCCAUCCUCGGCGGCCUGGACCCCGAAUACGUCCAGAUGACGACAUUGGCUCUCGAUACGGCGACGAAGCAUCUCCUGUACCGACCCGUCAACCCCAAGGACGAAAAUAUAUUGAUGGCGGGCAACGCUUUGGCAAACAAUGGCCAGAUUGAACUCACGACUGAAAUGCAGCACUUGACUUGCUUCGUUGGUGGCACAUACGGCCUCGCUGGCAAACUUUUGUCACGGGAAGACUUUGUGGCCCUCGGCUCCCGCCUGACAGCAGGCUGCGUCUGGGCGUAUGACUCCUUCCCAACUAACAUCAUGCCCGAGAUCUCAGAACUCAAGCCCUGCCCCUCUAUCGAUGGGGAGUGUAGCUACGAGGACCUCAAGACCGCAUCAACUAGGCUGCCACCUGGUUUUAUUCGCGUGCGGGACCCGCGAUAUCUCCUGCGACCGGAGGCGAUAGAGAGCGUCUUCUACAUGUGGCGCAUCACUGGAGACGAGAUCUGGCGGGAUGCAGCGUGGCGCAUGUGGGAGGGUAUCGUCAAAGAGACAGAGAAUUCCCUGGCGUUCGCCUCUAUAGCUGAUGUGCGCCAAGAGGGCAGCGACCAGGAGGAUUCCAUGGAGACGUUUUGGAUGUCGGAGACUCUCAAAUACUUCUGGUUGAUCUUUGAGGAUCACAACGUGUUGAACCUGGAUGAUUGGGUCCUCAACACAGAGGCGCACCCCCUUAAGCGUCCCAGAUCCUAAGUUCGCAACACUAUAGAGGAGCAUAAGGUGGGGUCCCCGGGAUGGGCAUUGACCCCUUGUUUUGGAUACCCAGGGAGUUGUCAGUCGCAUGGGCGGCUUGCAUUAGAUUCAGCACUAUCGUGGGAAUGAAGGCGAGUUUUGGGAUGCCCUGGCAUGGAGCGGCGCUGAGCGCUGAGGCAGUGGUUAUUUCCUGGGCAUGUCCCAGACAAGAUGUGGUGGGAAUAUCCAAGAGUUAGAAGCACACGCAUAAGAACAAGCCGACGUGUAAAUGUGAGAAACCUUUCCGACGUUC